GAAGUAGUGGAGGUUCAGACUCUACAGAUGGCUGAAGUACCUGUGCCCAGUGAGGGAACAGACCUGGAUCCUCUAGAUGAUGAAGACGGCCUUCUGUCGUGGUGGAAAACUGUAGACGGAUGGGAUGAGUGGAAUGAAGCCAAUCAGAAUGAUGAACCUGAAGAGGUGGUGGAAGAAGCAGCUGAUCGUGUCUUCAUGGCAGCUCGUCUUUUUGUUCGCUUCUUCAACCAGCGUGGCGCCUCACUCCAGCAGCGUAUCCUGGAGCUGCUGUCUAUGGCCGACGCAGCUGAUUUGUUCCAUAAGAAAACGGUCACGGCCAGCGUUGGCGGUGGGGUAGCCAGUGUCGCAGGGUCCAUCACUACCAUCACCGGCCUCAUUCUGGCGCCCUUCACAGCAGGAGCGUCGCUCAUCGUCACCGCUGUAGGCAUCGGUGUAGCUACGGCGGGCGGGGUGGCGUCUGCUUCAGCCAACAUCACCGACACAGUCCACUCAAAGACGGACCGCAAGAAGGUGGAGAAGAUGAUCCAAGACUACGAGGAGGAGAUGAGGGACAUCAAGGAGUGCCUGGAGUUUUUGCAG